AUGUCUAACGCUCCCUACGCAAUCGCUAUAUGCCUAUGCAUUUUUUGUGGCGUUGUUCUCAGCGUUGUCCUGCCCUUGAGGUAUAAACUAGAGAAGGAGGCCAAAGCUUCCUCCCUAAGAAACCUUGCACUCGGGAUUUGGCUUGAUGACUGGAUGCUUAUUUCGCAGUGCCGUUUAUUCCCGAAUAAUGCCAGAAAGACGAUGUUGGGAAGAUAUAGUUGUAGGACUUGUUAUAAUCCCGAGUAUCGUCGCAAUUUUUUCCCGGUGAAGAAAAAAAUCCGUAUUAUUCUUCAACUUGCUAUCUCUUCUGGGUUUCUUGGAAUCGCUCUUGAGGGUUACCGCCAGUCCAUUACUCAUAACAAAGAGGAGGGUUACCGCCAUCCUGACACUCCUAACGAAGAUGAGAAAAAAUUGUUCCCCAUGAUCGCCGAAGCAUUCAUUGAUGUGGUUUCCAUAUGUGUUUGGGAUGCUUUACAGAUUGCCUUUAGGACCGGUGGGGGAUCCAAAUCGAGUAUAACAGAAGGUCGGACCGGGAACGGCGGUGGCUCCAAUCAUGGAAGUACUGAGCAGAUUUUGGAAGAUGAACAGAGGAGGGACGAAAGCGAUGUGGAGUUUGGAAGAGUAAGGAGCGUGCCUAUGGAAAGCUUGGAGAUCCCAGCCCCGUAGUGGUGGUGUCUAAGAUUGUGAAUGUUGCACCUGGGCAGGCUAAAUUGUAUUGAUCAACGUUGUUCAAUAAACUGAAUAUCGAC